CAGAUCAAUGCAAUGGUGAACAAAGCCCAAGGGAAGGGAUAUGAAAAUGAAAACUUCUACAGCAACAUGAAGUUCCAGUUUCUUGGCAUUGAAAACAUCCACGUCAUGAGGGCGAGUCUGCAGAAAUUGAUUGAGAGUGAGUUCCGCUUGGGCUUUAUAACAGCACAUAAACUGAGAGUUGGAGCUAUAACUCUGCACAGAAAAUCUGCUCCUAAAAUAACAUUACGUUUGUUGUUUUUGUCUUUUUUUGUUCUUUUUUUAAAAGGUUAAAAUCUUUUAUUCAUUUUUAAAUAUAACUUUAAAUUUUUCGGCUUCAGGAGUAAAUUUUAAUCAGUUUCAUUUUAACCUGCUUGCAUUCUAAUCCAAUAUACUUGUAUCAUUAUCUAAACUGCUUUCUUUAUAAUCUAAUCUACUCUAAAAGAAAAUGUCUUCUAGUCAUCUUGACCGAACCUGAGCCACAUUAGAUAAUAGUCUUUGUGUUGCUGGGAAAUAUCUUUUAUUACUUUUUCACCUUUGCCCUUUUCUAAUGAUAUUUUAAUAAUUCUAUACUAGCCUUUGCUCUAGUAGGACACCACACAACAGCAACUGGGGUUGGCCAUUGGGGGCCCAAUGUUGCGGUCACUCCUGCCAUAUGGGGGCCCAAUGUUGCUGUUACUCCGGUCUUAUGGAGGCCCAAUGUUGCUGUCACUCCUGCCCUGCUAGGUGUUAAAUAUGAAUGACCCUUGUCCCACUGAUUCUCUAAAAGCUUUAUGCCCGAAUAGCGUAUAAAUUGAUUAUCCACUGUUCUUAGGACGAGUGGCAGGAAGCGAGCCGCCCUCAAAAACUCUUCCAACUAGUAAAUUUAUUUGUUAGAAUGAACAUUAUUCAUUGAUCCAGGUCAUCCACAGCUGACCUCAUGACCAAUUCAUAUACAUUAAAAAAAAAACACACAAAAAAAAACCCACUAUUUAUUUUUCUAAAUGAGCGGGACACAAAUCCAUCCCAUGUGACCUCAUAAAAACUACUCCCGUCAUUUAUGUCUCAGUGUCUGAACUCAAGAAGCCCUCGAUGAAUGACUUCCUGUCUCGCCUGGAGGCCUCCAGCUGGCUCAAGCACAUAGGGGCCAUCAUUGAGACUUCAGCUUUCAUUGCAAAGGUAAGAAUAGCCUCAAAACUCUGCAAGUAUUUUCAAUGGGACUCAUCAUUAAAUUGGAUCUACUUCCAUGAUGGUAAGAUGAGGAGUUUGAAUUUAUCAUGUGUGUUUUAUCGUAAGAUGAGAAGUUUGAAUUUAUCAUGUGUGUUUUAUGGUAAGAUGGGAAGUUUGAAUUUAUCAUGUGUGUUUUAUGGUAAGAUGAGGAGUUUGAAUUUAUCAUGUGUGUUUUAUGGUAAGAUGAGGAGUUUGAAUUUAUCAUGUGUGUUUUAUGGUAAGAUGAGGAGUUUGAAUUUAUCAUGUGUGUUUUAUGGUAAGAUGAGAAGUUUGAAUUUAUCAUGUGUGUUUUAUGGUAAGAUGAGAAGUUUGAAUUUAUCAUGUGUGUUUUAUGGAAGGUUAUUUUUCUCAAUGAUAACCCACGGGUUUGAUAAAAAAAAACAUUUAGGAGAUAUUCAAAGACAUUUUUUUUAAAUAAAUUUUUUGACAUCAGAGUGCUUUGAGCAUGCUAGAAUAGCAUGGAGACCAGUGCUCUACAAGUAAUCAAUCAUCACCAAAAAAUAACUGCAUACUGAAGAAGUGUAAAAGGAUGUUGUUCAUGUAGAAAUUGUUGCUCAAACAUCUUGUGAAAUUUUCAUUAUUCAAUAACGACCAUUAAAUAAUUUAAAAAUUUAAGGCUGCUGCACAUAAAUUUGGAAUCCCUGUUUUGAAUGAUUGCGCUAGUCCAACCCCCAAAGUACAGCAUGAAAUUCAUAUCUCUUCUCCUCAUAGGCAGGGUAGUCCCGCAUCCUAUUCUCAAAAUAGAUAAAUGAGUGUGUAGAGAAAUUUUAUUUCUUUUAAAAGACUCCAUACUUUGUUGUCAAGGUGUAAGUCUAUUUUGACUGGCACAUUUCAUCAGAACAUCAAUUUAUGACUGUUUGUGUCAGCAGCCAUUAUUGGUGUCAGUUUAUUUUAUCUGGCACGUUUUAUCAGAACAUCAAUUUAUGACUGUUUGUGUCAGCAGCCAUUAUUGUGGCAGUUUAUUUUAUCUGGCACGUUUCAUCAGAACAUCAAUUUAUGACCAUUUGUGUCUGCAGGCGAUAUCUGAUGGCAUUAGCGUAUUGGUCCACUGUUCUGAUGGCUGGGAUCGUACUGCUCAAACCUGCUCUCUUGCUGGGCUCAUGUUGGAUCCCUACUAUAGGACAGUACAAGGAUUUCAGGUAAUUUACUGCCUCUUGAUGGAAUGUGAUCUAUAUAUAAACAUUGUAAUAUAUUUAUUAAAAUAUUUUACAACUUUUUCUUUUCCUGAAGUGUGUAUAUAUUUUUUUUGGCAGACUUUGUAUAUAUUUCUUAUAUAUAAUGUCAUGAUUAUGUCUCUUUUGAUAAAAUUUUUAUGUACAGCGCGGUGAGCCCAGCCCUAGGCUGGGGUACCGCGCUAUAUAAGACGCCUUAUUAUUAUUAUUAUUAUUAUUAUAUAUUUUGCUUGUGGUGUGACUGCUUCCAUUGCCAGAUAGCACGCAAAAAAUAAUUCCUGAUAACUAUGCUAAAAGAUUUUUAAAAUUUAAAUAACACAAUUGCCUUUGGUGCGUAAUAUUUUAUUUCUUUUCGGAAAAUGAAUUCUCUCAAUGAGUGGUUUUUCAGAACCAGAAAAUAAGCUUUAAGGUUAUGGGGAUGAAAAGUUCAAAUAGACUUGUCCCCAGUGUUAGAAUGAGUAGCUUUAAAAGAAUCCUCUUCUAGUCAUACCUUUAACUCGAGUGACGGCUGCUUUUAAAAUUUGCUCACGCUAUAACCUGCGUCUGAAAAAAUCCAACAUUUCAGUCGUCCUUUCCCAAAAAUCAUGGGGGGAAGGGAUGUAGCAAAAUUUGGGAUUAUCAAAUGUGCGUUACUUGAGUUCAUGUUUUGUCAAGUAAAUUUAGUAGAUGGGAAGUUCACGCAUUGCUGUUGCCAAUGUUUGGCGAGCUAUCUGUAACUAGUACAUGCUUGAUAAAAGGAGAGGAACGCAAUCAUAAACGUCUAUUGUCUGCACCCACAAGCGAGUUUUUGUUUUUAACAGAGAUGAUAUCCUUUUCACUCUGAAGACAACGAAAUAAGGCUAAUCAGUGUGUCUGGUGGCUAUUUCUUUCUAAAUGUCAUUGAAUAUUCCAGGCACUCAUUGAAAAAGAGUGGCUGGCCUUUGGGCACAAGUUCACCGACCGCUGUGGCCUGCUGGAGAGUGUCGACGUCAAGGAAACGUCCCCGGUGUUCACCCAGUUCCUGGAGACGGUGUGGCAGAUGAUGCAGCAGUUUCCGUGCGCUUUCCAGUUCAACGAGAGGUUCCUCCUCACCAUACACGACCACGCCUACUCCUGCCAGUUUGGCACGUUCAUCGGAAACUGUGAGAAGGAUCGCCUCGACCUCAGGUCAUUUUUUUCAAAGUUUCUUUAAACCUGUUAGAUUUUUUUUUUUAGUUGAAAAAUUGGUAAUUUUAGAAUAAUUUAAUAAAAUGUUGAUACGGUCAUGAAUGAAGGAGGGGGGGAAAAAUCCAUUUCUAAUUCAAGAUUUAUAACUCUAACAUGAGAGCAUGUGAUGCAACACAACACUUGUUUCUUGUGUGUGUGUGGGUAGUCUUUUACAUAGAAAUUAUUUAGUCUCUUUAUAAAUCACUAAAUUUGUUACUCAGAUCAGUACAUUCAACUGUCCUCUGUUAAUGUACAGGCUGUCAGAGAAGACCUACUCACUGUGGGCAUAUUUGGCUCACCAUUCUAGCGAGUAUCUGAACCCGCUGUAUAAGAAGACUUAUGAGAUCAGACGGCCGGUUAUCAUCCCCACAUCCUCGCCACAGGCUCUCAAGUAAGUCCACCGAAAUAGUCCACUGAAAUAGUCCUCCAAAAUAGUCCAUCAAAUAGUCCACCAGUCAACCAAAAUUGUUCCACUUAAUGGUCCACUUAAAUAAUAGUCCACCUUAAUUGUCCACCGAAAUAGUCCCCUGAAUUAGCUGCUCAAACAUUCAACUAAAAUAAUCAUAUAAACAGAGCACCCAUAAGAGUCGCCAAAAAAAAAAUCAUCCAGCAGUCUACUAAAAUAAUAUACAGAGCAAGUCCACCAAGAGUCCAAUAAAACAGUCUUUCAAACUGGCCAAUCUUCAUCUAAAACAAAAUGUUUCGAAAGUUGCCAGGGAACAAAGCUGAGUCCAAAGAUUUCCUUGUAUGAUUGGGGAUAUUCAAGUGUCCUAGACCCUAAUGGAAGCUCUCAAGUGAAAACCAUUUUUAGCUACGUGGUCAAAUUUAAACAGACCUUUCUUUGAAAAAAGUGCCAUUCAUUAACAUAUCAAUACAUCUAUUGAUAAAAUGAUUAUUUUUUUUUUUUUAGAAAACCCAGUUAUUUAUUAAAUAAAAUUAUUGACUUUUCAAUUAAAGUAAUUUAUUUCUUUAAACCUUUCUUUUCCUUCCACACUCAACUCCCCAACAAACCUCUAAACCUUUCUUUUCCUUCCACCCUCACACUCCCUCACAAUCCGCCUCAACCUUUCUUAUGUGGACUGUAUAGUCAGGCAGCAGACCUGUUUACUCUUACGAUUUGUACAAUGUAUCAUUUUGAGGUGUAUAGAUUGUAUGUAAUGUAUGUCUAUUUUUUACUAUAAAUAUAACGUAUGGAACAAUUUUGUGAUGAUAUUGUAUGAUUUUAAGAGUUUGCGAGUAAACAGGUCUGGGCAACAGUAAUUAGUUUUCUGGUCUCUCAGGUUUUGGAAAGGCAUGUACAACAGGUUUGACAGCGGCCUUCACCCCAGGGAAAAUGUCAUGGACAUUGUCAGCGCUGCUAAAGAUCACAGCUCAUCUCUAGAGGAUCAUGUCCUGUUGUUGGAGAAGGUAGAAAUUAAUCCUAGUAGUUUAGAAACCUUUAUCCCUAUAGAGCAGAGCUCAGCAAGGGGUGUGCCGCGAGAUGAUACUAGGUGUGCUCGAGAUGAUACCAGGUGUGCCACUGCUAAAUUCUUCUAAAAGGAUGAAGACAUUUUUAUUUAUUUUUUGCAGGAAAUGUGACAUUGAUUGGCUAAAUACUAAGCUUCCAAAGGUUUUAAGUGCAAUAGCACAUCAGUGUGUUUCAAUAUGGGGGUCACAUCUACAUGUGUCUGGAGUGAUGAGCAAAAUACUAAUCUGUCAAAGGUUUUAAGUGCAAUAGCACAUCAGUGUGUUUCAAUAUGGGGGUCACAUCUACAUGUGUCUGGAGUGAUGAGUAAAAUACUAAGCUGUCAAAGGUUUUAAGUCCAAUAGCACAUCAGUGUGUUUCAAUUUGGGGUCACAUGAAAAGUCCCCAUCUGCAUAUGUCUGGAGUGAUGAGUAAAAUGUAACAGGAAAAAAAUAUAUUUAAAAAAGAAGAUUAUAAGAAACAAGAAAAGAAAUACAGGCUAAUAGAGGACCACUGAUUAGGAGAGUAUUUGGUUGAUUCCAUAUGGUGGUAUGGUGCCGGAUAUCUGAAAAUCACUUGGAAGGCUAUAAAAGAUGGGCUUGUGUUAAUUUCACAUCAGUAAGAAGAAAUCGAAAAAAAGACAUUUUUUUUUCCCAUCUUUUAAGUGUGGUGUGUCAUGGAAAGCUGGGAUGGGUCUAGGUUUGCCGUGGGUUUAAAAAAAAAAAAAAGGUUGCGGAGCACAGUUGUAGAGGACUCACUUGGAAGACAAAUAUUUGGCUGAUGUAAGAUGUAAUUUAAACCUGAAUACUACUUCUUAAAAAAUGAAUUCAAACAUAUUUAUUUCUUUGGCCUUCUUUCCACUGGGGGCCAAAUGUGCCAAAGCUCCACAGAAAGGAGAAAGACCUUGACAUGUAUUUGAAUCUGCCAUUCUCAUCUGUUUAUCUUUGAUAAUUGUGUCAUUAUUGUAGCUCAAUAGAACAAUUUAAUGUAUAUGAAUAACAUGCCUGUCAAAAUCAAUUUUACUCACACUUGACUAGUAUAAUGACCUGUAUCUAUAAUUAUACAUGGAGAAAGUAGAGUUUACACAUCAUGAUUGAAAAAGUUUCAGUUCUAAGAUAAAAAAAGCCAUUUCAUUGUUUGAAUUAGAGACGUGUAAACAUUUCUCAAAGGCAAUAAAAAUAGGGGGGGGGGGGGGGGGUGGGUCUGGUGGCCCCAUACUUUAUCAAGUUAACAUAUCUUUCAUUAUAAUCUCAAAGAAACAACUUCUUUUCAUGACCCACUAUUCAGAGAGUGACCCAAAUUUGUAAACUUUUGGGUAAGUCAGAUGAAACGAUCCAACGAAAGCUGCAAGGUUACCUGUCCAUGGAUUCUAUAGAUGGCUUCCUGAGCGGGCACAUUGGCGACGGCCCCAACCAGUCCAAGUCACCAGUUUCAGAUGAGCACCUCCAUAAAAAUAGCUCAGACUCUGACCUGACCAUCAAUGGACGCUACCCUCCCCUGGAUAACGCCACGGUCAAUCACCUGAAAAGCGACACGGAGUCUGGUUUUGACGAGUCCAGUUCUCAGAUGUCGAGGUCUGGUAUUGACGAUGCGUACAACGGCAUUGAGCCCGCCAGUCUGAUCAGGUCUCCCAGUUCGGACCAGCUGUCUGUUGACCAGCUUAUCGCCGAGCUGAAGACGGUGGCGGUCAGUUGGAAGUCUUUCAGGAAUGUGUACAGUUGCUCUUGUGCCACACCAUUUGAUUACUAUGUAAAGAAGGUAAAGCCAAUGUGGUCUUGCUUUUUUUAAAACAAAAAUUCUUCAUCCAUAAUUAAUUUGAUUUGGGGGCCGCUAUUUAUUGUUUGUAUUUUACUUAUUGUUUGUACAUUAUUUAGUGUUUGUACGUUAUCAUUAUUUAGUGUUUUUACACCAUUUAGCGUUUGCACGUUACCAUUAUUUAGAAUUUCUACAUUAUUUAGUGUUUUUACAUUGUUUAGUGUUUGUACGUUGUUCAGCUGUACGUUAUUUAUUAAUUGUACAUUAUUUAGUUUUGUAUGUUAUUUUAGUGUUUGUAUGUUAUUAAGUGUUUAAACGUUAUUUUGUAUUUGUAUGCUUCGUGUUGCUAUGUUAUUUUUUGUUUGUACAUUAUUUAGUUUUGUAUGUUAUUUUAGUGUUUUUAUAUUAUUUAGUGUCUCUAUUAUUUUGUAUUUUUAUGCUUCGUGUUCAUAUAUUAUUUAUUGUCUCUAGUCAUUUAGUGUCUCCACAUCUUUAGUAUCUCUACGUUAUUUAGGGUCUCUACGUUUUUAGUGUCUGAACAUGUUCAAAUACAUUUUUGUUUGGGUCGUUUUAGAUAGCCAUGGGGGAUAAUUUAUGCACAAAUACUAAGUCAUGAUGGAUGUGGCUGCACCACAUGCCACCACGCUGGCCCCCAUUCUAAUUCUAUCUUGUUGAAAGGACAGAAAGUAAUUUUAUUGAGAGAUCUCGCUAUUUUCAAAAUGUUCACCAAUCAACAUCCAAUAAUCUUGUACAUCUUGUUUAUUAAAAUAAAUUUCUUUCAAACAUUUUACAAUAAGAAUUUUCAGUUUUAUAAAAAAAAAUUUGUUUUUUUUUCCUUCUCAUAAUGCAAUUGAUUUAUCCAAAAUUUUGUUAUGCAUGUUUAAAAAUUUAAAUUGUUCUGUUUUCCCAGUUUCACUGUUGGAAGUGUGGCCAUGUGUUCUGCACGAGAUGCAUUGCCCGCAAUAUUCCCCUGCCGGGCCAUUACCACCGCCGCCCUGUUCCCGUCUGUAAGCCCUGCUACAAGGAGGUUAGGAGGUCACCCAGUACAGAGUUCCCACUGAGUUGACCUUACGGUGCUGUUAUCAGUGUUUUAGCCUGUUCAUAAAAAAAACAACAACAACAGCCUAUUGGAUUUUCUUCAGUUAGACCUUAGAGCAAAUAAUUCAUAAAAAUUGUAGCUUUGAAACAGAGACAUGGGAAUCAUUUUUCUGACAAGUAGUUUUAAAAAAAAAGAUAUUUCAUAAAAAUAUUUAACUGAGGAAUUCUUAUAUUGUGAAAAUUGUUUUGUACUUUGUGUGAACAAUAUUUUGAAAUUGGUGUGCAUUGGGCCUUGAUGGCAUAGGUGUGCAAUUUCAUACACAGAAGAUAAAUAGUAGCAUACAAAAGUUUCAUGGGUCAGUUAAACCUAGG